AAUAUUUCUUAAAUGUUUGUAGUGACUAAAAUUGGACAAGGGUAUUCUGCGGAGUAUUUAAUUCUUAAAGCUUUUUAGUGUCUAACUGGUGAAUCGAUGUGGAUAACUGAUGGCUAUGAAGGUUUUCAAAUAGUAAUAGUCAUCUUUGUAUGAAAAUGAAAUAAAAAUAAUGCAGUUAUUAAGCAACAUUCCAGGAGUAAUAAGAGUAAGGGAAUGUGAAUGCGAUGGUUGCAUCAUGAUGGAUUACGCCAAACAGGGGAAUCUAUUACAAUAUUUAAAGCUCUAGAAAUUCACUGAAGAAUUUUCAAGACAUUAUUUUAAGUAGAUAAUCUAAAGUAUAGUUUUAUAAAAUCAUAGUAAUCUCUGAAAUCCAUAAAAAAGGAGUGGCUCACAGAGAUCUAAAAUUAGAAAACAUACUGUUGGAUGAUAAUUUCAAUAUUCUAAUCUGCGAUUUCGGCUACGCAAUAAAAUUUUUGGAUGCUCAAGGAAAAAGAACCAAGAUUAACACGUAUUCGCUUUCUAUCUAUGUUCAGCUAUGUCGGUUCACCAUCAACAGCAGCUCCUGAAAUAUUCCUCCAACAACCUUACCAUGGAAUCGAAGCUGACCUAUUUCAAUUGGGAGUGAUAUUGUUUUAGAUCACUUCUGGCUUCUGUCCAUUUUAGACUGCCAACAUCAAAACGGAUUAAGUAUACCAAUUAAUUUACAGGUAUUAUCUCUUCAUGUAUUUGUUUAAGGAAACAGUACAACAAGUUUUGGGAAGUUCAAUAGGUCGACUUUAGUCCAGAGUUGAAGGAUCUCAUAACGAAGUUAUUGGCUUUCAAUCCCAAUUAGAGAUUAUCAGUAACGAAUAAUGCAAUAUGUUUUAUUAUAGAUCUCAGAAAUUGAAUCGCAUCCCUGGAUACUCAAAUGCGGAGUUGAUGAUUCACUAAUCGUUCAUGAAAUGAGCAACAGAUAUCAAUAGAUACUAUAAACAUCCCAAGAGAAAGAAUAAUGA